CGCCCCCUCCCCGACGACGUGCCACCGUUUGGACAUCCAGCCAAUAGAACAGCAUGUUUUCCUGUACGUCACCAGGUCAAAGUGUACAGCAAUGGACGCGUCCCAAGUGUAAACAGUCCGGGCUGCAGGUUGCCAGCUGAGCGAAAUGAGGCUGUUAUCGAAGGCAGUGCAGUCUGCUGUGGGUCAGAGGGAGUGGGGCCGCAGGCACUUCUGGGGCUGGCUCAAUGCAGUUUUCAACAAGGUGGACUACGAGAGGAUUAAAGCCGUUGGUCCCGACCGAGCUGCAGCAGAGUGGCUGCUGAGAUGUGGUGCCAAAGUGAGGUUUCAAGGUUUCGAUCGCUGGCAUCAUGACUACAACGCGCUGCCAACUGGGCCUCUGGAUAGAUACAAGAUCCAGGCGAUUGACGCUACUGAAUCCUGCAUCAUGUACAGAGGGUUUGACCACCUGGAUGGUUUGAAAAAUGUGGAGGAAAUCAAGUUCAACAAGUGCAUCUACAUCGAGGAUGCCUGUCUGGAGAGGUUGAGCUCAAUAGAGAAUCUGCAGGAGAGUUUGGGUAUGAUGGAGGUGGUGUCAUGUGGAAAUGUGACCGAUAAGAGCAUCAUCGCCCUGCACAAACUCAAGAAUCUGAAGUAUCUGUUUCUCAGUGAUCUUCCUGGGAUCAAAGACAAACAGACAACAGUUGACAGACUGCAGACAGCACUUCCACAUCUGGACAUAUCUCUGGACCUGGACUGACUGGGAAACAAGUUCCUGUCAAAGAUUGUAAAAUAUGGAUGACUUCUUGAAGGUUCUUAAAGUAAAAAUACCCAAAGUUUAAGGAGGUCAGACUGGAGCGUGAGGGGCUUUGAUCGUGCAACGUGUAGAUCCUUCAGUUAAAACGUGUAUUUACAUGUGAACCAUAGAGUCUCUUUUAAAUGAGAGAGCGUGAAGAACAGGAUAUAUUCCAGUUGAUGUGUCACUUUUCAGCUUUAAAGACACAGUUCACAGAAACUGACUGACUGAAAUCAUUUGUUUCUCCAGCAUCUUUUUCUAAUCAGUGAUUUAGGUUUCUAUUUCCAUCUUAACUCAGGUGGAGAAUAUCUCACCCCUCAGUUAUAACAUUUGCAGCAGAGGUGCAACGCUUCAGUCUGUGUGGUUCUGAUCCAGUGAGCGUCACAUUCUUGUGGAUUCAAAUGUUGGAGGGAUACAGUGGAGAUUGUCUUGGAGAUGUUAUAGGGAACUUGGUUAUUUUUCAACCUGGAGCCUAUUUUCCAUGUUUUUGUAUCUGUGUGACUAAUUGGGACAACAUGUUUUGAAAUUCCAUUCCUUCCUUUUUGUUUAACCAUAAACGCUCUCUGCAAAGCCA